AAGGCGAUGCUCUCUAGAAGAGGCGGCAGCAGCAACAGCCGCAGCCAGUACAUACCAAUGCCAGAGAAUGACCCUGCCGUGUUCACCUCCAACACUCUGCCCUCUGACCCCCGUCUCCUUGUGACUGUGACCAAUGCCUAUGUGGGCACUCGUGUCUAUAGGGACAUCCUCCAUGUGAAUGGCGUGUAUAAUGGAGCCGUGGGGGACACGCAUCGUGCUGACAUCCCCAGUCCUAUCAAUGUCCGGAUGAAUGUGGCUGCUGAGGACAGGCCAAGUGAGACAUUCUCUUUAGACACAAGGACAGGGACCUAUGUACACAUGAUCCAGUGCUCUGGUUAUACAGCCACUCAUAAGAUCUAUGCCCACCAUUCCCUUGUUCACCUUCUGGCCUUCAGCAUAACCAUUCAGAAAUCAACUCUUGAACCUCAGCCCAUUACUGUGAACCUCCAGGCCCAGUUCACACCAAUGAGUCCUGAUCUGGAUUUGCAUAGAAAGGCAGAUUUCCAGGGAGCUCAUUAUCUCUGUGGGAAGACAUUGGUCCCUGAAGUGGAGGGCGGUCCCCAGCCUACUGUCCACAUGAUCUGGACUCCAGUGCCACAGUCGGUGACUCUCUCUGGGGAGGAAAAGGAGAAGAGUUGGGAGUUCCUCACUGCUAUAGCUGAGAGCGAAGAGGAUGUGAAAAGGAGCUUUAGUGAAGGACUGUCACUUAUUCUUUCUGGUGCUUUGUACGAAUCUCACACCCAGGCAUGGGUGGAGCUCUGGGAAGGGUGCUUUGUAGAGGUUGAUGGGCCUCUUCCACUGAGCCAGGCCAUCUAUGGAUGUCUCUAUUACCUGUUAAGUGCAAUUCCUUCCCUGGGUUCGUCUGACUUUCUGUUCUCUGGAAUCAGCCCUGGCGGCCUUUCUAAUGGCACACAAGGUGAAGAUUACUGGGGCCAUGUCUUCUGGGACCAGGAUACCUGGAUGUACCCAAACAUCUUAAUUUUCUACCCAGAAGCUGCUCGUGCUAUCUUGAAAUACAGGAUCCGAACACUAGAGGGAGCCCUGUACAAUGCUAAGGAACAAGGAUACAAGGGUGCAAAGUUCCCCUGGGAGAGUGCAGCAACGGGUCGAGAGGUCUGCCCUGAAAAAGUGUAUGGAGACCAGGAAAUUCACAUCAAUGGAGAUGUGAUGCUGGCGUUUGAACAGUAUUACUACAUCACACAGGAUCUGAAGCUCUUCCAGCAGGAAGGAGGCUGGGACGUAGUCCGUGCUAUUGCUCAGUUCUGGUGCAGCCGGGUGGUGUGGAACCCGGAAGAACAGAACUACCACAUCACUGGUGUCCUUCCCCCAGAUGAGUAUCAUUUUGCUGUGGAUAAUUCUGUUUAUACGAACGCUAUUGCCCAGCGAAGUUUGAGUUUUGCAAUUGACUUGAGUUCGCAAUUGCAUAUUCCCAUCCCUGAAGAGUGGAAGGAAGUUGCGAUGAAAAUUAAAGUGCCAUUUGAUAAAAGCAGGGCCUACCACCCGGAGUUCGAUGGGUACUCCCCAGGUGAGCCGGUGAAACAGGCUGAUGUUGUCUUGCUUGGAUUCCCUCUUCUGUAUCCCAUGGACCCUGAAGUCCGAAGGAACGAUCUGGAGAUGUAUGAGCCUGUGACGGACCCUCAGGGGCCAGCCAUGACCUGGAGCAUGUUUGCUGUUGGUUGGCUGGAACUGAAGGAGGCUGAACGAGCACAGCAACAAUUGGCCAAGUGUUUCGGCAACAUCACUGAACCAUUCAAGAUCUGGGUGGAGAAUUGUGAUGGAUCUGGAGCAGUGAACUUCCUCACGGGGAUGGGUGGAUUCCUGCAAGCCAUCCUUUUUGGAUACACUGGGUUCAGGAUCACCAAGAAGAGUUUGAAAUUUGGUCCUGUUUGCUCUGAUGACAUAAAGGAACUAAAGAUCACUGGAGUGUGCUACUUAGGAAGUAAGCUGAAUUUCACCUUCACCAAAGAAAAGAUCAGCAUCAAAGUGACAAAGUCCUUGUCCAGCUCCACCAUGCUGGAGGCUGUGCUGGCAGGAACAGGCAAGCACCUCCCCUUAAAUGAAGGACAGUGUGUCUCCUUUCCUAUAGCUGCUGGUUGGAUCCAGAAAGUAUCUGUCGAGAUAUUUUAAGCGUAUGUUACUCAUGACAAGUAUGAAAGCCAACAAGCUUUGGAAGAAUGGCAGAGAGCAGGAGUUUUAGCAAUCUGUGGUCUGUAAAUAUGCAGGAGGACAGAGGAGUCUGAGUUUUAGCUGCCUUCAGUGUGUACAUAAGCAACCUGCUCAAGUGGGAGUUGGUUUGAAAUUCUGCAAUGCCAGCAUCACAGCAUGUACCUUCCUUCCUGACUAGUGAGAAGGCGUUUGACAGGUUCUGCAUUGGGGAGAAGAGGAAGGAAAUACUUUCCCCAGUCUUUCUUUUUAUGGAGAAGCCUAAUCCCUGAAGGACCUUGUUACACACCCCUCAGUCCUCAGUAAAUGUCUGUGCUCAGGUGCCCCAGAUAACAGGGUGUACCAGCACGUCAACUUAAUGCUCUUGUGUACCAAGUUAUAUCUGCAGGCUCAAUGGACAGGUGCUCCAAGUACCUGCUUAUGCCAGCAGGCCAACUUAAUGCUCCUGUGCACCAAUUUAUACUUGCAAGCUGACACACACAUACUCCAAGCACAAGUUUAUACCAGCAGGUCAACUUUACCCCUCUAUGCACGCGAGCUUCAAUACUCCCAAGUACUGGUUUACACUGGCAGGCUAGCUUGAUACCGCUGCAUGUCAGUCUAUAUUCUGCAAGCUUAAUUCCAAGGCUUUUCUGACCAUUCCUGCCUAACAUAAAGAGGGGUUCAACCAGUGAGCAGACACAAGGAACCAGACCAGCAGUGUCUUUUUGUAUUUUCCUUAAAUAAAUAAAUAUGGUAUCCUCUCAUCCUUUCACCCUGUCAGCAUAACCGCCCAGAGAUGAAAAUUUGGGGCAGUGUACAAAUUUGAUUAUUAAUAAUAAUAAAUAAGCAGCUCCUUA